AUGAAUUUUUUUAACCAACGGGGAAAGUUCUCGAGAAUACUUGUACGCGAUGAUGCGAACCAACCCGCGGGCAGAACCCCGGACGCGUCGUGGUCGGGGUCGAUGCUGCCGCGCAGCCUGACGGUGCGCGGCGAUGCCGGCGCGCGGCACGAGCUGCCGGCGUCGCAUCAGCCGUCCGCGGCGGGCACGGUCGCGUCCCUCGCGCCGCGCGCGCCGGCGCCGUCUCACAAGCUGCUCUCCCUGUCCCACUCGACACGUCAUCAUCGUCCGAGGGCGUCGUCGGGAUCCGACGCGGAGUUCGACGCCGACAAAGACGGCGCCGAGCCGACCGCGAGCACGAGCAUAUGCGCGCAGAUGGCGCACGUUGGCCGCCGGGGCCGCACGCCCAACCUCUAUUGGCUAGCCCCUCACGACGAGCAGCUCCGGCGCCAUCCACGGUUCGUCGCGCUGCCCCCGGUCGAGGACGUCGUCGUCGGGCACGAGUCGUCGUACCGGUACGUGCGGCAGCACACGGAGCUGUGGGACGACCUUCACGCGGGCAGGAUCACCACGGGGUGCCUCACGGCCGCGCUGGGGUUCCAGGAGGACGGCGUGUGCAAGACGCUCGGCAUGGGGCGCGGCAGGGGCGGCGACCACGGACCCUUGCUCGGCGCGUACCGCCGGCUGCGGCUGGGGACGAUGCCGACGCCGUCGGGGAUGAGCCGCGCGGAGGAGGAACGCGCGAACGCGGAGAGGACGCGGGCGUACAACUCAGGGUUGGACGCGCUGGGACCCGCCGCGCCCAUCGACGGAGGGUCCGACGACGACGACGGCGACGACCCGAUCGUCGCGGAGGAUCUCGCCGCGGGGGCAACGACCAGCGGCGGGGUCGAGGGCGGCGGCGACGGAAAUACGCAGAAGAAGAAUAAGAAUAAGAAGAGACGACCUAAGAAACGGCCUAAGGGCGCCGCGCCGAAGCGCGACGCGUCCGCGCUCGUCGGCGACGCCACGCCGUGGGCGGCGGCGAGGGCGAUGCGAUGCAAGAUGGCGGCUCGGCGGGGCGAGGGGGGCGUGCGGAUGGCGUGGGGCAGCGCGCAGGAGGCCGGCACGGUCGCCACGUUGAUGCUCCACCAUCCGGAGUGCGUAUGCGAGGAGGUGGGUCUGUGUUGCGUGGACGUGGAUCGGUGGAGAGACGAGUGGGGUUUGGGCGCGACGUCGGUGCCGCCCAUCGGCGCUUCGCCCGACGCCAUCGUUCGGUUUCCGACGAAGGACUCGGGCUCGGGCCCGGGUUGGGAGCGCCUCGUCGUCGAGGUCAAGAACCACUCGCCGUUCCGCCGCGAUCCGGGUAAGCCCGGGGUGUUCUACGUCAACGACAGGACGCCGUUCGAGACGCCGCCGCCCUAUCACGUGCCGCAGCUGCAGAUGGAGAUGUUGGCCGCGGAUACCAGGGCCGGGUUGCUCUGCAUGCAGUCGGCGACGCGAGGGGUACGGGUGUUUCGGAUCGAACGGGACGACGAGUACUGCGCGGGGAUGUUGAGAACGCUGGGGGCGAUGCAUGAGGAGUACGUGCUGAGGGGACGGGAGCCCCCGGAGCGGAUGUUCUCGGACAGGGACUGGUACUUUGACCUCGUUCGCCGGACGGUCAAAAUCGCGAAGGGCGCGACGCUGUGGGAGGAGAUUCCGUAUCACGCGCGGCUGCCCGGAGAGGCGUACGACGAGCGACCGUUCCUGCCGGCGAGCGGGUGA